GCGCGGGGGACUGGACGACGGCCCGGCCCGGAGCCGCGGGGGAGGUGUGUGGUCAGGGUCCUCCAGCCUGGGAAGCUGAUGUCUGAGAUGAGGCUCAAGCCCCUGCCUCGACAUUCAGGGGCUCAAGUGAUCAGUUGGUUAGGAAAAAAACAUAAAGAACCUCCUGGUGAAAUGAGACAGCCACUUUCUGGAAAGUCCUUCUACUUGGAUCUGCCUGCUGGCAAGAAUCUCCAGUUUCUGAUGAGGGCUAUCCAGCAGCUGGGUGGAGUGAUUGAGAGCUUUCUAAGUAAGGAAGUGAGCUACAUCAUAACUAGCCGCAGGGAGCCCAAAGCAGAGAAGAGUGCAGUGGGCCACCAGGGCUUCGAGAGCCUUAGGAAAAGGCGGGUGGAAAUGACCUCUCCAACUGAUCCUAAAGGUGGCCAGAAGCUUGGGCCGAAGCCAAGAGAUGCUGUUCCGAUGAGCAGAGGGAAGGAGCUGUUGCAAAAGGCCAUCCGAAAUCAGGGUAGCCCCAGUGGCAGCCCAGGUGGCAGCAGCAGCCUCCUGGCCAAUGCCCGAUCCUGGGGAGUGCGGAUCCUCCACGUCGAUGAAAUGUUGAUGCAUGUGCAGCAACUGUGCCUUGGUAUUUUGCACAUGACCGAACAAGAACAGAAGAAGCCAAAGAAAGCGUGUGCAGCAGUGGAAUCAAGAGCUCCUAAAGUGGCAAGAUUGAAAGUUCCGUUCUUAAAGAUCGAAGACAGCAGCAGGAAAUUCCAACCUUUCUACCAUCAAUUCAAAUGUUUUCCUGAGCUCAACUUCCUGGGACCCAAAAACACAAGUCCAUUUGAAACUCUGAGAACUUCCUUCCACAAACACAAAGCCAAAGACCCUGAAGGCGAUGAGCUGAGCCCCCAGUCUCCAGCCUGUACAGUGCCCAGGAGGAAGAAGGGGUACUGCGAGUGUUGCCAGGAGGACUUUGAGGAGCUCCGUGUGCAUCUCCAAAGUGACCAGCACAGGGGCUUUGCUGUGGAAGCAUCCAAUUAUACAGCAGUGGACCAGAUCACAUCCCAGCUCAGCAAUAACUUUGCUGACCUCUCCAUUCAGAUGCUGCCCCCCAGGCUGCUGGGCUCUCCAGCUGUUGGUCUGGAACCUCAUGGUUCGGGUUCUUUACAAGGACUACCUCCUCCAAGCCACUUUCCAGAUCCCAGGACAAAUGGAGCCCCAGGAAGAACUGAGGAGAAAGGAGAUGACCAUUUGUCAUCGGGCGCUCUUGACCCCUUGGCACCUGCUGAACAGACUAGUGGCAAGAAAGCUAUCGGAGCAGAAGGUUCCAGGAGGUUGGGGCAAUUGGGCGGGAUGGUUAGGAACUCCUCAGGGGCGCCAUCACUCGUUCACCAGCUCACUCUGGCUUGUGUUGCUUCUGUGGACCUCUUGGCUAACCCCCAUUGUUGUGACUGGUCAGCAACCUCUCCAUUCCUCAGUGAGCAAGACAGGUCCGUGAUAGGCCAUAAGCGGAAACUCCCAUCCCCUGAUCAUAGGGCAGAGAAGAAACUUCGGGUGCCCACUGAUGCUCUGCCUUGUCCAAACAUCUCGGAUAUGCCUGUCUUGUUCCCUCUGGUCGCUGGGCAGGAACAAACAGAUACUUUAUCUCUGCCUCCUAACGUGGCCGUGAAUCCAGACAUUUUGCUUGCCUCUCCAAGUGGUGCUACCCACAGAUCUACAUCUCCCUCCCAGCACAGCUCCCCUAGCAAGCUUCAGAGAGAUCCACUGUGCUCUGGUCUCCCAGGCACGGAAGUAGGUCUAAUAACAAAGGUGUCUGAAGACGCAAGCCCUCUCCAAGGAGAGGCACAGACAGCCCCAGCGCUGUUUCCCUGUUGGGUCUCUAGCCCUUCCCCUGACCAUCAUUCUCAGUCUAGCCACCCGGCCUGCCAACCUGCACCCCUCCAGCUGACAACCUGUAGCUCUGAAAAGCAUUUGCAGGGAACCAGUUUUCCAUCAUCAUUAGAGGAUGUGGUAUCCCCACCUCCUUGCCCACCAUCAGAGAGACAAGGUAAUCUGGACAGCACCUGGCUCCCUGUACCUUCUGCAGCUCCUGCCUCCCUCCCUCCAGCUAAAGUUAGCUCUCCGCUGUUGGUGGAGCACUAUUCUUCAGAGUCAGAAUGGGACACGCAGCUCCUCUCGAAGUUAGAGAGGCCACAGGCUUCACGCGACCGCUCACUGGAUGCUGAGGGUCUCCGCCGGGCCCGGAUUGUGAUUCUAGACAGUGGCUACGAGUCUCACCUCUAUUCAGUGCUGCAGCCCAAGCCUGAGCUAGAUUGGGAAAGGAAAGAAGAGCAGAGUCAAGGGAGCUGCCGCGCAGAGACAGAUGGUGCCCCCUUCUUGACCUUUGAGGCCUGCCUGGACACCUGGACCAGCUGAGCAAGCUCCUUAAAGUACAGAGAUCUGGGUACUUGUGUGGACCCAACCUAAUUAGCCUUGCUGACCUCCAGAGACUUCGUGUAGAAUGGGCUGGGUGGGGUUGACCUCCCAAUGCCCCUCCUCUUCCCUCCAGAUGUCCCCCAGCCAUGACCCCACUGUCUACAUGCCUUUAUUCAGGGCAAUGAUCCUUGACCAGGAUGUCACUACCUCUUCCCACCCCCCACUCCCCUCACCCCCAUUCUAAGAUGCAGGACUGGCACAGAGAGGGAUUGCAAAUAAAACAACAGGAGUUACAUUCAUCCCAGUUUUCUAUUACAGCCAAAGCAAAAGGGCUAAGGUUUCCCCUAGAAUUAGCCUCCCUUCCCACAAACAUGUGCUUCACUUGUGGUCUUCCUCCCCUCUCUGUCUCUGCCAGAUAGAAGCAUACCCAGAUCUGAAUCAGGAGGGGGCUAGGGCCAUUGGGAUUUGCCAAGCCCAUGAGCUUCCUCCCAACACACUUAGCUGGCUUCCAGCUCUGACCUUUCCCUUCCAUUCCAGGAUGGGGCUGGGUGGAGAGCUGAUGUCAGUCCUUCCAGCCAUUUCCCUAGACUCAGAGCAGAGAGCCCACCCCCAAUAACUUAGAAGUCCUGCUUUUCUGAGAUAAUUGUCUUAACUCCACUUACUCCCCCAUUACUCUCCUCACUCCACUCUGCUGAACCAUUAAUCUGUAGAUAGAGAUGGAUUUGUUAUUGAUUCCUUGAAUACCCCCCCAUUUUUAAUCUAUGCCGUGGUUCUCAUUCUCUGUCCGUCUGUGUCUAUCUCUUUCCUCCACUCCUUCUUUUAACUGGAACUGUCGGAGGCUUGAUGCUAUUAAAUGACUAAGUUUAGGGGAAGGUUGGCAUAGGUCUCCAUGAAGACUUUAGUUAUUAACUUGGAAAUGAAAUAUCUGAAUGUACAAGCCCUGAUCACCUGUUUGGCAUUUUAAAUAGUAUU